GCUCUGCUCAUCGUUUCAGUUUGAAAAAAGUUGUGGAUCUCUAUGCGAUGAAUUUAUUAGAUUUAGAUAAAAAAUAUAUGUGGGUAUUUAAUGUGAAUGAAAAUGGCGUAAUAUAUGAAGUGUAAAGAAAACAGCAGGAUGGUCCUCUGUGUCCUGAAGAGACGGCUCCUGAGGAGCAGCGGCUGUGCUUUCAUGGGCAGGCUGCAGAGACAGAGCCGUGGCUGUGUUUACUCCAGCAUCCAUGGCUUCAGCCACGAGGAGAUCAGAGAGAAGCUGCAGGCCUUUCCUGGAGGCUCCGUCGAUCUGCUGAAGCACGACUCUGGUAUCGCUGUGCUGACCAUCAACAACCCGACUCGCAUGAACGCUUUCUCUGGCAGCAUGAUGGUGGAUCUAAAAGAGAGGGUGAGCCAGUUGGAGAACUGGUCAGAAGGCAAAGGCCUCAUUGUUCAUGGUGCUGCUGAGACAUUCUGCUCUGGAUCUGACCUCAACGCAGUCCGAGCAAUAUCCAACCCUCAGGAUGGGAUGAAAAUGUGUAUGUUCAUGCAGGACGCUCUGACAAGACUGCUCAGGCUGCCUCUGAUCUCCGUUGCUCUCGUUGAGGGGAGGGCACUGGGAGGAGGUGCAGAACUCACCACUGCCUGUGAUUUUAGAUUAAUGACAUCAGGCAGUGUGAUCCAGUUUGUCCAUAAACACAUGGGCCUGGUUCCUGGCUGGGGUGGUGCUGCGCGACUCGUCCGCAUUGUUGGAAGCCAGAAGGCAUUAAAGCUGCUUGGCGGCGCUUUGAAAGUGGACCCUGAACUCGGCCUGGACAUUGGACUUGCAGAUGAGGUCCUGGAGGCCGACCAGGGUGCGGCCACUGCCCUGCAGCAGGCUGAAAACUGGUUAAGUCGCUACACCAAAGGACCUGUCCCUGUGAUCCACGCGGUAAAAAAAGUAGUGCUGGCAGGAAGAGAGCUCCCCCUGUCUGAGGCUCUGAGGACAGAAAAGGAAGUGUUUGGAACAGUGUGGGGUGCUCCAGCUAAUCUGCAAGCCCUGGCCAGCAAGUCCAAACAUAAAUGACUUGGCCCCAGUGUCGUGAGAUUUUUUUCAGUUAAGCAAAUAUUAGCUGAGAGAUGUGCUGUCCUGGGUCAGAAUUGGUGAGAUUAUACACAGAAGUACUGUCUUUAGUUAGAAGAGAGCCUGACUGAGGUUUUAUAUUUCUAAACUUUGGUGGUCUGAAACCACUGUUUUCAUGUUUAAAUAGAUAAUAGAAUGACAA